CUUCGAAGGGAUGAGCUGGACCCCUGGCACCCCUGCCUUCUGGGGACCGCAGCACCCCUCCCCCAAGCUUGCCAGCCUCCUAAGAGGAUUUUAAAAAAUUGCUUUGAGAAAGAGGAUCCUGCCUUAAGUCUGAAGGAAUAGAGCUUGAAUGGCAGAACCUGGGGUGCCAGGUGGCAGCCCCAAGGGCGAUGUGGACCCAUUCUACUACGACUAUGAGACUGUCCGCAACGGGGGCCUGAUCUUUGCUGCCCUGGCCUUCGUCAUGGGGCUCAUUAUCAUCCUCAGCAAAAGACUCCGCUGUGGGGGCAAAAAGAAGCACCGGCAAGUCAAUGAUGAUGAUCUGUAAUGACAGAGUCAGCCGUACCCCCCUCUGCAGGGCGGCGUUGGGAAGCCUUCCCUGAGCUGUAGACCUUUGUCCCCAGCACUGCCAGGCCCUUGGGCUGAAGGAAGCACCAGGCUCCAGGUGACCCCUGGGUUUUCAUGGCCUCCUCCCAACCCCAGGCUGCCUCAUGUUAAUAAUAAAGCCAGCCUCAGAGACACA